AUGCAAAUUCUUUCGCCCCCGACUUCCAACGCGCUCAAUCUCAAGCACGUUCUUCGCACGCGCAGGCUCGGACCAACCCGAGUCUCUGUGAAAUGCGCAUACGCAUUUGAACCAGCGAGCUACGGAGUCGGCUCGAGCAGAGCCGAUUGGCAAAGCUCCUGCGCCAUCUUAGCCAGUAAGGUUGUUUCUCAGGAACAAUCGCCCUCCGCUGACAACGGCGGCACCGCCGACCACGUGGCUGCAGUCAAUGGCCACAAAGCAGCCGUCAGCGACUUCCAACUUGUUCCAAUCGGAAACCUCGCGGAGGCCAACAACAAGCCGCUCCCGCCGAAGCCGCUGACAAUCUCUGACCUCUCCCCGGCGCCUAUGCACGGUUCGAAACUCAGAGUCGCGUACCAGGGCGUUCCCGGCGCGUACUCAGAGGCCGCUGCCGGAAAGGCUUAUCCGAACUGCGAAGCCAUCCCGUGCGACCAGUUCGAGGUGGCGUUCCAGGCGGUGGAGCUAUGGAUCGCCGACCGAGCGGUUUUGCCGGUGGAAAAUUCCCUUGGCGGUUCGAUCCACCGCAACUACGACCUCCUCCUCCGUCACCGCCUCCACAUCGUAGGCGAGGUCCAGCUCCCGGUUCACCACUGCCUCCUCGCUCUCCCCGGCAUCCGCAAGGAGUUCCUCACGCGCGUGAUUUCGCAUCCGCAGGCGCUCGCGCAGUGUGAGCACACGCUGACCAAGCUUGGCCUCAACGUGGCGCGCGAGGCCGUGGACGACACCGCCGGCGCAGCGGAAUUCGUCGCCACGAACGACCUCCGCGACACCGCCGCCAUCGCAAGCGCACGCGCGGCGGAGUUGUACGGCCUGAACGUGAUGGCGGACGGCAUUCAGGACGAUCCAAGCAACGUGACGCGCUUCGUGAUGCUGGCGAGAGAGCCUAUCAUUCCCCGCACGGACCGUCCUUUCAAGACGAGCAUUGUUUUCGCGCACGACAAAGGCACCUCCGUGCUUUUCAAAGUGCUUUCCGCGUUUGCGUUUCGGAACAUCAGCUUGACAAAGAUCGAGUCGCGCCCUCACCGCAACCGUCCGAUUCGGCUUGUCGAUGACGCAAAUGUGGGAACCGCGAAGCACUUCGAAUACUUGUUUUACGUUGAUUUUGAGGCUUCUAUGGCUGAGGUUAGGGCUCAGAACGCUCUAGCGGAGGUGCAGGAAUUCACCUCCUUCUUGCGUGUGUUGGGGAGUUACCCCAUGGACAUGACACCCUGGGCUCCUUCUUCCCGUGGAGAUUAG